GUUUACGUUACAUGUCAUUCUGAAGUUUAUUUGGUUUUAUGUUAUUCAAUUAAUCUACCUGAUUGUUGUUAUUUUUUUUAUUUCAUCAUCUUGGGGUUUCAGGAUUCUCAGGGCAACCAACGUAGUUGUACAUCGGGUUAGGUUGUGGAAAAUAUUGCUAAUGCGUCAGAUUUGUAGUUGACAGUCGGUCCAGGUGUUAUAAUCGCGGGAAAAAUACGUGGAUCGGGAAUUUUGGAGGAAUUUAGUUGAAUAAUCCCCGGGACAUUGAUUGUUUAGAGGAAUUAGGGAGAGUUUAUCGUACAGUUGAUUGAGAAUUCGUGGUGAGCACUUCGAGUGAAGAAUGUCGUGGCUAUUUGGACGAAAAAAAACCAAAGAUUCACCUUCAGACUCCGGGGAAGAGACGGCCAGUAACAUCGACGAUUACAUUCUCGUAGAGAAACAGGUGAAUGCACCUUCACCAGUUGGUGGUGCUGGAGCUGAUCCCACGAAAAACUUUGGCCUUUACCCCUAUCUUCCCCAGAAUUCCUCCACAAAUGUACCACAAAUUCCAUCCAACGUCUCCUCAUUGGAUAUUUUGUGCGACGCACCGAACUAUUUGCCUUGUAUAAAAUUCCAACUGAAUAAAAUGUUGGAGAACGACGUAGAGAUGGACAGGAUUCACGCCGACGAGAUUCUCUCAUUUAUUUUGAGAAUUAAAAGCGAAAACUAUGAUUACGAUUUUUCGUUAGAAAACAGUGUAAUUAAUGAAAUGGCAACGAGCAGUGGAUAGUACUCCGAUAUUUAACUAUUUUUAUCAAUUUCUCCGCUGUAUUGUCGCUUAUCCUUUAAAAAUAUUGGAGUAUAUUAUAGUAUGUACAGAUUUCCUGACAAUUCCGUUCUCUUCACACGUCAGAAAUAUUUUUUAAACAUUUUUUUUAUUAAUUGUACAGCACAAAGACGAUAAAUACUUUUGGAGGGAAAAAAAGCGUGAGUCGAUGUCAUUGUUAAUUUUUUAUUCAUACGGCUAAACAAUACGUGAGAAUUAUUAAAACGAGAAAAAGGAAUGGUACCCAUGUCUUCAGAAAUCCUGAGAUGCUGUAAAAAUAUUAUAAUUUGUUGUCUAUUUGUUCAGGAAAUAAACAGUUAAUGAAAUUUAA